AUGGCGCCUGCCACAGUCUACAAACCAACAUCCCUAGACUUCAUAAAUCGUCCCAAUCCCGUGGAGCCACAAUCGGCCCCGCAACAGCAUCCACUUAACGGCGUAUCACAGCUCCCCCAAGCCUCAAACAAACAUAUUCUUAGGCUGCUAUACGGGAACAAUAAUGUCCAAAGCUCUGUCCAAGAACGACCAGCUAAACGGAGGAAGUCUGGCGAUGCUCAGUCCCUGGAUCUACCAAAAUUACCUGUCAGAGAGAAUGCGAAACGCUUGAGAAUUCCGCCAACGCUCAGUGGUCUGCAUCAACCACCGCCUAAUGCGGGACUGCUACCUUCAAUAUCCGUUGAACAACCCGCUAAACCGACCGGGGACCUUCAGCCGAAGGCAGAUCCACCUAAUUCGGGACUGACUGGUGUCGACGAGCCAGUCACUAACGACACAGUUUCAGUAAAGCCUACUGCCGAAUCAACACGAUCAGAGAAAUCGAAACGACCCAAGCGGAAGAAGUGGAGCGAUGAGGAGACGGCAUGUUUGCUGAAAGGAGUGGCGAAGUUCGGUGUAGGCAACUGGACCAAGAUUUUGAAAUACGCCGAGUACGAGUUUAACGCCCGUACAGCAUUAGACCUGAAAGAUCGCUUCAGAGUAUGCUGUCCGGACGACUAUAAGCACAAAUCCACGGCUCCAGCACCAAAGCCCAGCAAUAAAGAACGACGCCAACCAGUCCCACGACCAAGCCGCCGCGACUGCAAGUCUCAAGCCGAGCUCGCCGAGCUAGGCAUCAACCAGCCUUUUGACAAAGUGGCACGUCGUGCACGACACGGCUACUCGGAGGCCGAAGAUGAGGCUCUGCUGAGAGGCUUCAAGUUGUAUGGCAAGCAGUGGGCAAGUAUCAGGGCUGACACUGAGUAUGCGAAAGCCGGGCUGGUGCCGAAAGGGGAGGUGAAGGGGCGGAAGUCUGCAACGCAUGGCGACAAUGAGAACGCGGCUGAUGCACGGCCGUCGAACAUUAUUGCCAUCAAUGCUACGAAAGUCGUCCCAGCAAAACCCAUCCCACCAAUCGAAGCCACCGACCAGUCCAAACGGCUCCCCACCAUGCCCCUCCUCCCCGACGACGUCUUCUUCGGCGCCGCCUUCGACUCCGACUUCGAUCCAGACCCCGGCCUCAUCACCCUGGAUCGAGGAAUCCUAGACUGGCCGCAACCCCAGACACGCACCAUGAUAGAUCCCCUCGCAACCCUGAACCUGCCGAGACCGACAGCGACGUGGGGGCAGCAGGGUGUGAGUUUUCAGCCUCAGCAGCAGUUUCAGGUGGCAUCGGCGUUGCCGUCGCUGGCGGCUGUGACUACAUAUGGGUAUGGGUUUGGGGAUGGCGAUAUGAUGGACUGA